AUUGCUUCAUUCUCAAGUCACCACUCUCUCUCUCUCUCUCUCUCUCUCUCUCUCUCUCGUUGUGAUUUCAAGGGGAGCAUUAUGAGGACGGGUGGAGUUUACAACGCAAACGGCGGCGCAACCAUGGCAAAGGCGCCGUCCAUGGCUCCCGGCGGGCCUCAUUCCGGGUGGCACUCGCCGGUUCCCUACCUCUUCGGUGGGCUGGCGGCGAUGCUCGGCCUCAUCGCGCUCGCCCUUCUGAUCCUUGCCUGCUCCUACUGGAAGCUCUCCAGCUACCUUGAAUCCGGCGACGGUGCCGACCAGCCUAACCACGAGAAGCCCAGCGACGGCUCGGCCGGCAAGGAGACCGCCUUCGUGGAGGAGAGUGUCCUCGUCAUCAUGGCCGGCAACAGUGCCCCCACCUUCCUCGCCAUUCCCACAGCAUCCGGCUCCGUUUCGCUUGUAGGCAACAGCACUGCUGCUAACACCGACCUCGAUGAAUCAAACAAGCAGGAGGACACUGACAUGACUCGGGACUCGCGACCCAUGGAAGGUGGCCACAGCCAGCACCAAAGCCAAAACCAAGAACUGUAGCUGAGAGUUCCCUUUCCCCCUUUACCUUAUGGUGGAUAGGAUUCGCGUUCGUUUAGUGCUUUUUCCAGUUGUAUUUAACUUGCAUGAUUCGGGAGUGUAAAUUCUUGAGUAGGACAUGAAUGAAGCUUCGUUCUCUGAA